AUGGCCACAGCAGCGCAGCAAGUCCUGCUCUCUCCCGCCGAGCUCGCCUACCUCCACUCCUCCCUCUCGCUCACGCCUCCCAUCCGACCCGAUGGCCGCACACCGACCCAAUUCCGCCCACUGACCGCCGAGACGGGCAUUCUGCCGGGCACAAACGGCAGCGCGCGCGUGUGCUUCUCCGACGGCACGGAGGCUAUCGUCGGCAUCAAGGCGGAGCUCGAAAAGACGGCGACGCCGUACGGCGGCUCGGCGGACGAGGACACCUCGAGGAUACGGCAAGGCGACAAUAUCGACGACGGCGGCGCAGCCUCCAAGGGCCGCAGCGAGUGGCUCGAGAUGACGGUGGAGAUCCCAGGCCUGCGGGACGACGAGGCGAGCACCGUCUUCCUGGCGAGCAUGCUCAGCGAGGCGCUCCUCGCCGACGGCGAGUUCGCCAAGAAGCUCUACAUUAACCGCCGCUUCCACUGGAAGCUCUACCUCGACAUCCUCCUCAUCUCGCCGCCCCUCUCGUACCCGCUCCCCCUCCUCUCCCUGACCACGCACCUCGCCCUCCUCGCCACCCGCGUCCCGCGCCUCAAGUCCGAGGGCGACGAGGACCCCAUGUUCGACGACGACUGGCAGGCCUCGACAUUCCUGUACCCGCGCAACGCCAAGGGUGGCGCCCGCCCGCCUGUGACGCUCCUCGUCGUCGCCGUCGGCGGCAACAUCAUCUUCGAUCCGGCCAAGGAGGAGCUCGCCGUCGCCGAGUCAGCCCUUGCCGUGUCCGUGGCCGACGCAGGCACCGCGAGCAGCGCCGCCGCCGCUGCCGAGGGCAGGCAACUGCGCCUGCUGUCUGUGCGGACGGUCGAUCCGCCGUCGCGGCUCACGUCGUCGGGUGUGCCCAACUCGGAGAACCCGGCCACGAGCGUGUCGACGCCAGGGAAGAAGGCGGCUGUGCCGCUGCCGGGCGUGGUGGGCUACGGCGUGCAGCAAGGCGUGUGGAGGCCGCCGGUUGGGGGCACCAAGUUUGCCGUGCUGGAGGCCAUGAUUGGCAAGGUCCUGGAGAAAGGCGGUGUCGCGGAUGAGGUGUUGGAUGGACUCGAGGGCGUAGACCUGGUAUAG